UGCAAAAUCAUUCCUUCCUCCAGAUGGAAUCUGAUCUCCACCAAACACCGGCCAAAACUCCCAUUUCUUUGAUGGAGAAAUCACGAGGUCGUGGAAAAAACAAAUGUUUCUGGACAGAAGAUGAGACGGAAUUAUUAAUUGAGGUUCUUCAAGAAAUGGCUUCUGAUCCAAUAUGGAAAACAGUUACUGGUUUUAAAAACAAUUACAUGGUUGAGUUGCAUAGGAGAAUGGUUAGCAAAGUGCCAACUUUUACAAAGCAAGUUUCACCUCAUGUCGAGUCAAAAGUAAAAUGGCUAAAGAACAAGUUUAAUGCUAUUUGUGACAUGGUGAAGCAAAGAGGAUGUCGAUGGAACAAUGUGAAGCAAAAGAUCAAAUGUGACAGAGAAUGGUAUAUAAGUUAUUGUAAGGUUCACAAAGAGGCAAAAGGAUUAUGGAAUUUUGAAUUCCCAUACUUCAACCAACUUGAAUUGGUGUAUGGAAGGGAUAGAGCCAAUGGUGCAAUUGUUGAAGCUAAUGGUGAUAUUAUCCCCAAGACUGAAGUUGCUAUGAUUGAAGGAAAUGGUGAUGCAAGUCACGAUACGGAAGUUGAGCAGGAUACUGAAAGUGAAGACGAGUGUAUUGGUGAGUCGGAUGAUUCUUCAGAUGAUGAUGAAGAAGAAAAUGGCAUGCAACAUAUGUGGCAAACAACUCCACCACCUGGAUUCAUUUCAAGAAAAAUGCCCAUGCAACGAAAUACAACACCGUAUAAGGAAUACGGGAUGGCAAAGAAAAGAAAAAUAAACCUAUCAUCACAUGAUAUUGGGACACGGUUAGAUGAAAUAGAAAGUAAUUUCCGUGCUUUUGCAGAAGGUUUUAAUGCUAAUUUUGCAGUUAUGGCGAAAGCUAUCGAAAAUGCUAUGACAAAUGAUAGCAUCCGUCUAAAAGCGGAGUCAGAAAAACUGAAAAAUGUGAUUGCUGAGGUCAUGAAACUUAACCUUUCAACCGAUGAUGUAUUCAAGGCGGCUGAAAUAUUUGCUGCCAACAAAAUUAAGAUUGAUAUAUUUUUUAGUAUUCCUGAGCAAUUGCGAGUGUCUUACGUGAUAAAAGCCUUUAAUACUAAUUUUGCAAAUAAGGCAGAUGAUGCGGUAAAGGCUAUUACAGAAGAUAAUAUCCGCCAGAAAGCUGCAUUAGGAAAACUGAAAGACUUGAUUGCUGAGAUGAUGAAACUUGAUCUUUCAAACGAUGAUAUAUUAAAGGCUGCUGAUAUAUUUGCUGCAGAUAAAAGUAAGAUUGAUGUAUAUUUCAGUCUUCCCGAGCAGCUGCGAGUGUCUUACGUGAGCAGGCUAAUCAAGUAAUUAGAUAGUAUGUCGGUGUAAUUGUACAUUGCUAAAACCUUUAUGCUCAGUUCUCGAGUUCAAUUUUUAAAGAAAUGAGAAGAGAAGAAGAGAGAUGAAUGGAAGAGAAGGGGUGGAUUUUCCAUCGUUCCCAAUCAUCCCAAAAAUGGGAUGAAAGUUUCUUGGCUAAAAUCCAUUGUAUUCUCCUUCUAAAUCUUUUCCUUUCUUUUCUCUUCUUCUCUUAAAUAAAACUUAAGAACACAACUAUUUUUAAGAUCCUUCACAAUCUUUUCCAUUCCUUCCAACAAAAAACUCGAGAACUGAGUGUUAGUUCCUAGGGAUGGGUUCUUGAGUUAUUGUAUAGUACAAGACUACUACAAGUAACUUAUUGGGUAUAGUUUGGAAUUCAACUGAUUUUAUGUGUGCACUUUUUAGAUUCAGCUAACCGUUUUAGUAUUUCCUUUACCUUAAUCGAAAGAUUGUUGUUAAACGUU